GACCGAGAUGAAAAUAAUGAGAUAGGAGCUGGAGCGAGACUAGAGAGGCUUUGAAGAAGCAGAGCAGAAGCAGAGCCUAAAAAAGAGAAGCUCGGAGAGAGAGAGAGAUUCAUAAAUCUCCAGGUCUUAUCAAUUUCAAACCCAUACUUGUUCUUAUCCCUUAACUGGACCUUCUUCAAUUACUCAAACAGUGUUUUGGAGAGACAUUGGAUAUAUGCGCGCGCGCGCACACUCAGAGAGUGAGAGAGGAGAGACAGAGAGAGAGAGUGUGCGUGUUUAGUCUUCUGGAUAUGCAGCUAUCAUUUCCAAGUAGGUAAUUGCUGAGAGUGUGAGAACGGGCGAGAGUCCCAGAAAUCCCGAAUGAGUACCCCGACAGCGGAGGAGCUGCUAAGGAAGAUCCAGGAGCUGGAGGCUGGUCAAGCCCACCUCAAGCAAGAGAUGUCAAAACUCUCCGGCAACGCCAAAUCCGAACAACCUGCCAACCACAAUCACCACCAGAGGUCCCACUCCGUAUCUCCUCAGCGCUCGGCCCUGCCGCGGAGAAGAGGCGGCUUGGAAGCCGGAACAGCCGCGUGGAAGAAGGGUUCGGCGUCGUUUCGGUAUUCGUCGCCGCUACAGAGAGAGAGCCGGAGCCGCGAGCCUGUUAAUGCUGGGGGGCCCCCGGCCGUGAGUUUUACUGAUAGACAGUAUUUGAAUAUCUUGCAGUCCAUGGGGCAGGCUGUGCAUAUAUUUGAUGUUGAUGGACGUAUAAUUUACUGGAACCGAACUGCUGAGAACCUAUACGGCUAUUCUGCUGCUGAAGCCCUUGGUCAGGACGCCAUUGAGCUUCUGAUAGAACCGCAGAACUUUUCUGUAGCAAAUAAUGUGGUACAUCGCGUCAUCAGUGGAGAGAGCUGGACUGGGCAGAUUCCAGUCAAGAAUAAGAUGGGGGAAAGGUUUUCAGCUGUUACUACCAAUACUCCGUUCUAUGAUGACGAUGGUAGUUUGAUUGGGAUUAUUUGUGUAUCAAGCGAUUCACGGCCCUUUCAAGAAGUGAGAGUUGAGUUAUCAGUUAUACAGAAUUCAGAACCAGAUUCAAGUUUUAGUCGGCCUAGAAGUGGCCUCACAAUCGCAAAUAAACUUGGUCUUGAUUCUCAGCAGCCUCUGCAAGUUGCCAUUGCUUCCAAAAUUUCUAAUUUGGCAUCCAAGGUGAGCAGCAAAGUUAAGUCAAGAAUUAGGACAGGAGAGAAUAGCACAGAUCAUGAAGGUGGGAGUGGAGAUAGUAACCAUACUGAUCACAGUAUAUCAGAUGCAGUUCUCUCAGACCAUAGGGAGGAUGCAACUUCUAGUGGAGCUAGCACACCUAUUGGAGAUAUAGCUCCAUCUCCUUUCGGUGCAUUUUCUCAUGACGAGGAGUACCCUGUAAAAGGCUCCAGAGAUUCUUGUGAUGAGAAUGAAGGGAAACCUGCAAUUCACAAGAUCAUAACCUCUAAGGCAGAAGCAUGGAUUGUUAAGAAAGGGUUAUCAUGGCCAUGGAAAGUGAAUGAGCAAGAAGGUUCAGAUGCAAGGACUGGCCGAUUCAUCUGGCCCUGGUUGCAAAAUGAUCGAGAGAAUGAACCAGUUCAUAGUCAGAAGAGUCCCUCUGCUGGGCCGAUACCAGAGAUCCAAGUGAGUGAAGUUAAUCGGGCUGGCAAUAAUGAGGCACUGGGGUCGUGGUCAUCAUUUAAUGUUAACAGCACAAGCAGUGUCAGCAGCUGCGGAAGUACCGGCAGUAGUGCGGUUAAUAAGGUGGACUUGGAUAUCGACUGCUUGGAUUAUGAAAUAUCAUGGGAGGACUUGACAAUUGGAGAACAAAUUGGGCAAGGUUCUUGUGGAACUGUAUAUCAUGGUCUUUGGUAUGGAUCAGAUGUUGCUGUAAAGGUAUUCUCCAAGCAAGAAUAUUCAGAUGAUGUAAUCCAUUCCUUCAGAAAAGAGGUAUCCCUUAUGAAAAGACUUCGACAUCCAAAUGUUUUGCUCUUUAUGGGAGCUGUUACUUCAUCCGAGCAUCUCUGCAUCGUUACAGAGUUCCUUCCACGCGGAAGUUUGUUUCGCUUACUACAGAGGAACACAACCAAACUAGAUUGGAGACGGCGGGUUCAUAUGGCGUUGGAUAUAGCCCGGGGCAUGAAUUAUCUUCAUCGUUACAAUCCACCAAUCAUUCAUCGAGAUUUGAAGUCAUCAAAUCUUCUAGUUGAUAAGAAUUGGACUGUGAAGGUUGGUGAUUUUGGUCUCUCGCGUCUCAAGCUUGACACAUACCUUAGAACGACGGCUGGGAAGGGAACGCCUCAAUGGAUGGCACCAGAAGUUCUUCAUAAUGAGCCUUCAGAUGAGAAGUCUGAUGUAUAUAGCUAUGGGGUGAUAUUGUGGGAGCUUGCCACCAAGAAGAUCCCUUGGGAUAAUCUCAACUCAAUGCAGGUGAUCGGAGCAGUAGGUUUCAUGCACCAACGGCUAGAGAUACCUAAGGACACGGAUCCACAGUGGGCUUCUAUUAUCGAAAGCUGCUGGCAUGGAGAUCCUGCAUGCCGACCAACAUUCCAGGAAUUGUUGCAAAGGCUUAAAGAUUUACAGAGACAGUAUGCCCUUCAAGCUCAGGCUUCCCGCUCUGCAGCUGGAGAUUGCCCCCAGAAGGAACUGUAGGCCCAACUCAUUGUGCUUUGGAUUUCUCUUUAGAUAUUGCCUUCAAGUUCGGCCGGCUUUUUUUUUGUGGCCAACAGACCGCCAUCAUGAUCAGUCUGUGAAAACUGGAACCACAAAGCUGAAAUUU